AUGACAUCUCUGUGCUAUUUAAUACACAUUGAGGAUUUAGAGUCAGCAGUCUUGGAGUUUUUGUAUAAUGGCAUGUGUAAUGCACGUCAAUUCGGCCAUAAUGACAUGAGCGGCUGGGCUGUAUUGGUGCAGGUUUGGGCUUGGGAGCGCAUUCCAAGGAUUCAACCCAUCAGGAACGUCGUGCCUCCUAAUCCUAUUAUGGAUCCAGAAGCGCCAUUAGCUCAUAGGGCUAUACACAAAGGAAAUAAGGGGACUUGGAAAUCAGGCAAGGGAUGGAAGGCAUUUCAUGAUGAUGUCAACCCGCAUUGGGAUAAUAGGAUAUCUAAUAUGGCCGACACCCUCAACGAUAUUUAUCACAUUGUUGAUAAGUAUUGUACCAAGUACCCGACCAGAGACCAUGCCCUUAAUGCAAUGAUUGAGGAGGUACUCAAUAGCUCCUUAACUGCCUUGACUAUUGGUCCUGACGCUUUGAACACGGUGUCUAGUCAGAGACUUGUAGAAAGUCAACCGACUCUAUCCCAACAGCCGCAACCCUCUCCAAAGAAAGCUCCCAAAAAGAACAUUGGAGGUGGAAGAAAGAAACACAUGCCUCGUCCCUUACAAACCGACUAUGGCCAAUCAAGCGCGGAUCGGAGAAUUGUUCCAUUUUGUGAUCCUACGAUAGUCGAUGAGAAAGGACAUGUGGUUUCGUUUUGUGCUAUUUUGUGUUGA